UUUUUUUUGUUUGGUUUGGUUUGCUGUGUGCUCUAGUCUGGUCUGGUCUGUGUGCUUUUGCAACGUUUUGCCAAUUUGUGUUGUUCAACGAUAGUGACGACGUGAAGACCGAGACUGUGUGUGCUUUAGCAGACGAGCGUUGAAACCGGUGACGUAGCGUCCGCCAUAUUACACCGCGGCACUAUUAUAAUAUUAACAAAAAAAAAUUUAAAAAAGAAAGAAAAUAGCUUUUUGGAUCAGUUUUUAUAUACAUACAUAUAUUAAUUUCAACUCAACCACAACAACAACAAAAAAAUUAAUAGAAAAGAGCAAAGAAAAUUUUAAUCCUAAAUCUUUCUGCUAACAAAUUUGCAAUAUUUUUAAGUGAUUUUUUAUAUAAAAAAAAUAAAUAAAAUAAAAUCAAGUGUUUUACAAAAAAUAAAGUGCAAAAAAAGGAAAAUUAAAAUCUAUAGCAAAUAAUAAAAUUAAUAAAAAUAAAUAAAUUUUGUUUUAACUGUGAUCUCAAAUUUUAUUAUUUUGUCUAUAUAAUACAAAAAAAAGUGAAGCAAAUUUUAACAAAUUACUACUACGUCAAAUAAAAAACGUUAAACAAAAUUUUAACAAAAAAAUUUUUUUACAAAAAAUUAAAUAAAAUUUUUAUAUAAAUAGUUCUUUUUCUAACUAAAAAAUAAAGAAAAUUAUACAAAAAAAGAAAUGGCGGAAGGCAAUGGCGAACUGGUAGAAGACAUCAAUCAAAAAUCAGAAGAUCGCGGCGAUGGUGAAAGAACAGAAGAUUAUCCAAAACUGUUGGAAUAUGGCUUAGAUAAAAAAGUUGCCGGUAAACUAGAUGAUAUAUACAAAACAGGAAAACUCGCCCACGUAGAAUUAGAUGAACGCGCACUGGAUGCGCUCAAAGAGUUUCCGGUUGAUGGUGCCUUGAAUGUAUUAGGUCAGUUCCUGGAAUCAAAUUUGGAACAUGUAUCGAAUAAAUCUGCGUAUUUAUGUGGGGUUAUGAAAACCUAUCGACAAAAGAGUCGAGCCAGUCAACAAGGUGUUCCAACACCCGCAACCACAGUGCAAGUUAAAGGACCAGAUGAGGAGAAAAUCAAAAAAAUACUAGAACGUACCGGUUACACUUUAGAUGUGACCACGGGCCAGCGCAAAUAUGGUGGACCACCUCCUAAUUGGGAUGGUCCGGUACCGGGUAAUGGUUGCGAGGUAUUUUGUGGGAAAAUACCCAAAGAUAUGUUUGAGGAUGAAUUAAUACCCCUGUUUGAAAAUUGUGGCACCAUUUGGGACUUGCGAUUAAUGAUGGAUCCCAUGACUGGUACAAAUCGUGGCUAUGCAUUUGUUACUUUUACCACAAGAGAAGCCGCCUCUAAUGCCGUCAAACAGCUCGAUAAUCAUGAAAUAAAACCUGGCAAGUGUCUGAAAAUAAAUAUAAGUGUACCGAACCUGCGCCUAUUUGUGGGCAAUAUACCCAAAUCGAAAGGCAAAGAGGAGAUUUUAGAGGAAUUUGGUAAAUUAACAGCUGGCCUUAUUGAAGUGAUAAUCUAUAGUUCACCAGAUGAUAAAAAGAAAAAUCGUGGUUUCUGUUUUCUCGAAUACGAAUCACACAAAGCCGCUUCAUUGGCUAAAAGAAGACUUGGCACUGGUAGAACAAAGGAGCACUUUCAGGUUUGGGGAUGUGAUAUUAUCGUCGACUGGGCCGAUCCACAAGAGGAGCCAGAUGAACAAACCAUGUCUAAAGUAAAAGUUCUGUAUGUUAGAAAUUUAACACAGGAUGUUACAGAGGAAAAAUUAAAGGAACAAUUUGAGCAAUAUGGCAAAGUUGAACGUGUUAAGAAAAUAAAAGACUAUGCAUUUGUGCAUUUUGAGGAUCGUGAUAGUGCUGUUGUUGCAAUGAGGGCCUUAAAUGGCAAGGAAGUUGGUGCUUCUAAUAUUGAAGUUUCCUUAGCAAAGCCACCUUCAGAUAAAAAGAAAAAGGAAGAAAUUUUACGUGCUCGUGAACGCAGGAUGAUGCAAAUGAUGCAAGGACGUCCAGGUGGUCUAGUAGGCUUUGAACCAUUGUCUCCAUACAGAAAUCUAUCACCAACACAUCCAGGCAUGAUACCAUUAGGUACACCCAUGCGUAUACCAGGUGCUCCCAGAAUUCCUCUACGUACACCAAUGCCACGUGACUAUGAUUAUGAUUAUGACUUUUAUGGUUAUUCGGAUUAUCGCGGUGCUGGCUACAGUGAUUCGUAUUAUGAAGAUUUUUAUCGUACCUAUGAUGGAGAAUAUUUCUUUGAUUAUCCGCCCGGUGGUGUGGCACCACUACCACCACCAGUUGGUAGUGGCGCUGCCGCAGGUGGUUUACCCAGAACAGCGCGUAAUAAUGUGCGUCGAUUGGAGUCCACGCAUAAACCCGUUGAACGUAAUCUAAUGGCUCGUUGGAAAUAAAAACCAAUCAAGCAA